AUGAUUGUGCUUGGCUGGAUGCUUUUUGUUGGAUUUGCAUGUUACAUGGGCACGUUUCCAGAGCUGAUGCCUCCAACUCUGAAGUGGAAAGAGAGGUGGCCUGUUCAGGAGAGCAAGGCACGACUGAGGAUUUGGGCUUUGGAUGAAGAUCUGCCUCUGAACGAUGUGGAAGGGAUAUAAAUAUCCCCCAGGAGGGACCCCAGUGGAAACAAGCAAGGAUGAUCCUGGUGAACUAAUGCAGCUCUGAAGCUCUCUUGACCAGCUGUAUAUUUCCUGUUGUUGGUUUCGCAUAAAGUAAUUGCACAUUAUUUUGUCAUAUUUCAUGUAAAAAGUUACCACACUUUUAAGAUGAAUGAAGACUUGGUAUUCUGUUAGCUCGUAACAGGGAGAUAGAAGGUGGGGAGGUAGUCGAGGUAGAUGAGAGAUGAUUGGGUUCUGUUGCAUAGUUGAGACUAGCAUUAAGACUAAGAUACCUAGUUCCAUUUGUCCCUUAUUUUGUGUACUUAAGGAUAGAAAUUCUUUAGAGCUCUUUAGACUUAUUUUCCAAGUAAUAUCUUUCUCCUGGAUCCAGGGUCCAGAAGUGAAAAAAUGUUACAGAAAGGGCUAGGGAUUGCCACAACUUUAAGCCUGUUCUUCGCGGUUCUCUUACUAAGAAUCCAAAGCUUAUACCAUAUAAGGAAAGGACCUCGUGUUAAUAUUGGGGUUAGAUGCUAAAGUACACAUUAUUUUAAUCCUUACAAUAACCUUCUGAAGCUGGAUAUUAGCUUCAUUUUACAAAAUGGCAAAAAUGAAGUUGAGGGGCUUAUGUAUCUUGCCAACAAACACAGACAGCUCUGGGUUGCAGAAGUCAAGAUUAAGAUUCAGGCCUUCUCCUUUACGUGCCUUUAUGUGCCAAGUAAAAGAUCCAAACAAGACUAUGGGAUAUUCAAGAUCUUGCUGCCUAAAUGUCUCCCUUACCUGAAAAGCCAAGUAGUUGCCUGAUGAUUCUUUUAGCAGUCACUACUGCUAAUAAAAGCAGCAUAUGUAGAAACAAAAGCUAACUGCUCAGACCUCCUACAUGAUGCAGUUUAUGAAGCAGAGAUAGGAACCUAAGUAUAAGGCCUAUGCAAUUAAUCUAGGUGUCUGAGCCUUAGGAUCUUCCUAAAAGCCCUCUAAAGGUUCAGAGAGGAGAGCAAGAGAGAGAAACCUAACAGGAACAAGUACUUUUGCUGCUUGCGGAUGACUGAUAUAUAGUUCCAUUAUUCAAGAGAUGUGCCUGCUAUCCAGCAAAGUAGAUCUUUUGUUUACACAGAAAAUAUUUUGUUGAUUAUUUAGUAUGUUUGCUAAACUAUUUCUAAGUGGCUCUUUGCAAUGGAUAGAUGACCCUUUUUUUUUUCCCUUUAAAAGAUGACCGGUAAGGGGAUCUUAACCCUUGACUUGCUGUUGUCAGCACCAUGCUCACCCAGUGAGCUAACCAGCCAUCCCUAUACAUAUGGGAUCCAAACCCAUGGCCUUGGUGUUAUCAGCACCAACUCUCCCAAGUGAGCCAUGGGCCGGCCUCAGAUUACCAUUUUUAUGGAAAGAAAAAUGAAUUCAAAAUCCAUAGCAAAACUUUGUUAGUAAUUUCUGAAUCUAGGAUAUUAGCAUCUAUUUCUUCCAUGACCUAGUCUACACAUUCCAGUGAAUUAAGUACCUAAAUUCUCUGGCUGCAUGGCUUUGCCCACUUGCCUUGUGUAUGAGGGGUCUUCAAAGUUUAUGGAAAGAUGUGUGUUAUAUUUUAAUCCCAUUUUUCCACGAACUUUUUGAAGUACCCUUGUUUAUUCUAAAGGACACCUCUUCUCAGCCAUCUCAAGUUUUUUAAUCAUAGAGGAUUGGUAUGUGCUCAUUUUGACAAGAGGAAUGCUAUAAACCCAGCUUCCCUCCAGUUUCACUCUAGAACUUGAGCCGUGAAGCUAUAUUCUAUUGCUCUGACCACCUGCUAUCCUAACAUGGGUAUCUGAGAGCAGAACAGUUGGUUCUGCUGGUAGGGGAGGAGAGAGAUCAGUGGUAAGUGCUGAGCAGACAUGAAUGUGUAAGGGAGGAUGAGGAGUGUCUGCAGGAGAAAAACCCUAUCUCUGUAGCUUGAUGAGUCUAUUGAGGCUUCUAGCUAGAAAAAUGUUCAGGGUGUGAUGAGAUAAGGAAUAUUUCAAAGUUUUGAUCAAUAAAU